AUCAUGAACGACACGUCAAUCCAAGACUUUAUCUCAUGGUCAGAUAAUGGCCAGGCGAUAUGUGUACCCAAUGCAGCAACCUUUGCGAAAUCAGUCCUACCAAGAUACUUUAAACAUAGUAAUUGGCCUAGCUUUGUCCGUCAACUGAAUUUAUAUGGCUUCCGUAAAGUGUAUCAUGUUGGGAUUUCACCUGAAGUAACACAGCAUGCAGUUUGGCAGUUUAAGCACGAAUACUUUCAACAAAAUGCCAGUGAACUCCUGCAGAACAUACGAAGACGC